GAGCAGAGCACUGUGUGCUGGAGAGGCAGGGAAGGGGCUGGGCCCGGAGUCCUGUCAGGGCUGAUGCACCCGUCAGCGUGGCCUAGGGGGCCAGCUGGGAGUCCACAGGAGGCAGUAACUCUACAGAAGGGCCAGCCCCCAGGAAAGCUCCUCCUGGCCCAGAGUGGGAGGGGAAGAGUGGGGUGGGUGUUGGAGGCCCCUGGCCCUGUUUCCUGUUGAGGAAGCAGGAAGGGUUAAUACACUGCAGGGGGGACUGGGCCCCCAGCACAUGCUCCCAGGCUCCAGAGCUGCACCCCCCCCCCCCAGGGGCUGCCUGCAGGCAAGCCUCCCACCUCUGAAGGUGCCGCCCGCCCGGCCAGCAGGAAGGGGUUAACACGCCCAGCGCUUCCUCCUGUGUCCUGUUACUGCUGAGGCAGACCUGCCCGGCCAGCUGAGCAACUUUCCUCCUGAGUGCUGCCUGCCGGCUGGGCAUCCAAGAGACCGGCGGACAAGAGGCAGAGCUGCAGCCCGUUGGGGGGACCCUGCCACGCCCUUCCAAGGGGUCUACGCCUCCUUGGCGAGGGUGGGUCUCCGGGGCGAGAGUCUGCGGUGGAUGGCUCUGGGGACGCUCCCGAAGCUGUGCCGCCCCCCUGCCGUGCAGGUCGGAGGGUCGCCGCAGAGGCUGCUCAGGGUCCCAGGGCUGGGGCCAAGGGAGCCUGCACCAGAGACCCAUGUGGGACCCAAGGACGAAGCCGCCCUGCUGAGAGCACGGCGGCCCACCCUUGGAAACCGUGACCUCACGACGGUGGCCCUCGGCCCUCCACCUCCGGCUGGGGCGGGGGGCGCCCAUCUCCAAGUCCCCAGCCAUGACGACCUCCGCGCUGCGGCGCCAGGUGAAGAACAUCGUGCACAACUACUCCGAGGCGGAGAUCAAGGUGCGCGAGGCCACCAGCAAUGACCCCUGGGGCCCGCCCAGCUCGCUCAUGUCGGAGAUUGCCGACCUGACCUUCAACACGGUGGCUUUUGCUGAGGUCAUGGGCAUGCUGUGGCGGCGGCUCAAUGACAGCGGCAAGAACUGGAGGCACGUGUACAAGGCGCUGACCCUGCUGGACUACCUGCUGAAGACAGGCUCCGAGCGGGUGGCCCACCAGUGCCGGGAGAACCUCUUCACCAUCCAGACGCUCAAGGACUUCCAGUACAUCGACCGCGAUGGCAAAGACCAGGGCGUCAACGUGCGCGAGAAGGUCAAGCAGGUGAUGGCCCUGCUCCGAGACGAGGAGCGCCUCCGGCAGGAGCGGACCCAUGCCCUCAAGACCAAGGAGCGCAUGGCGCUGGAGGGCAUGGCCAUGGGCAGCGGGCAGCUGGGCUUCAGCCGCCGCCACGGCGAGGACUACGGCCGCUCUCGGGGUUCCCCGUCCUCCUACAACUACCUGGAGCAGGCCCGGCCCCAGACGUCGGGAGAAGAGGAGCUGCAGCUGCAGCUGGCCCUGGCCAUGAGCCGGGAGGAGGCUGAGAAGGAGGUGAGGUCCUGGCGGGGAGAUGACUCCCCCAUGGCCAACGGUGCUGGGGCCGCAGUUCGCCGUCAGCAGGACAGAAAGCCCGAGAGAGAAGAGAGAAAGGAGGAGGACAAGCUGAAAACCAGCCAGUCCUCCAUCCUGGACUUGGUGGACAUCUUUGCACCUGCCACAGCCCCGCCCUCCACACACUGCUCUGCUGACCCAUGGGACAUCCCAGGUCUCAAGUCCAACAUAGAGCCCAGUGGCUCCUCCUGGCCUUCUGCAGACCCCUGGUCUCCAGUCCCCUCAGGAAGCAUCCUGUCCCGAAGCCAGCCAUGGGACCUGCCCCCUACGCUGUCCUCCUCUGAGCCCUGGGGCCGGACCCCAGUGCUGCCUGCUGGAACCCCCACUACAGAUCCCUGGGCGCAGAACUCCUCCCACCACCAACUCCCCAACACUGGGGCUGACCCUUGGGGGGCCUUAGUGGAAACCUCCAACACACCAGCUCUAGGUGGCACCUCAACCUUUGACCCAUUUGCCAAACUUCCAGUAUCCACAGAGACCAAGGAGGGGCUGGAGGGGGCCCAGGCCCCGCCCUCCGGGAAACCCAGCAGUCCUGUGGAGCUGGACCUGUUUGGAGACCCCAUCCCCAGUUCCAAGCAAAAUGGUACCAAGGAGCCAGAUGCCUUUGACCUGAGUGUAGUGGGAGAAGCCCUAACCCAGCCUAGCAAAGAAGCCCGAGCUCGCACUCCUGAGUCCUUCCUGGGCCCCUCAGCCUCUUCCUUGGUCAACCUUGACUCCUUAGUCAAGGCACCCCAGGCUGCGAAGACCCGGAACCCCUUCCUGACAGAUUUCAGCGCUCCAUCCCCCACCAACCCGUUCGGCGGGGUCGAACUGGGCAGGCCGACCCUGAACCAGAUGCGAACCGGGUCGCCGGCGCUGGGCCUGGCUGCCGGCCGGCCGAUAGGGACGCCGUUGAGCUCCAUGACCUACAGCACCUCCCUGCCCCUCCCACUCAGCAGCGUGCCAGCUGGCGUGAGCCUCCCCGCCUCAGUCAGCGUCUUCCCAAGGGCUGGCGCCUUCACGCCGCCGCCCUCCAGCCUGCCGCCACCGCUGCUGCCCGCAUCGGACUCUACUGGGCCUCUCCAUCCCAACCCCCAGGCCAGCACCAACCCCUUCCUCUGAGCACCUUCCUGCCGGGGCCGCCCACCUGUGCGCGGGAGGCCCCGCCCCCAACGCUAACGGGGUUGGAUUGUGUUCCCCUGUCCUUGGGGAGAGGCGGGGCUACCACCCAGGACCCGCCCCCGGAAGUCGAGACAGGCUCAGACUCCGCCCCGAGGCCACUGGGGACCCUGGUCCAGGCCACCGCAGACCCUUUGCAACUCCUGGAGCUAAAGAGUGAUGGCUGCUCGGGGAUGAGACCGCGCCCCCGUAAUAAAGACUGGAACCCACGGUCUCAGCUCUCACCAAGUGGACUUUCUGCGGGACGUGGCGGCCAGGUCUGGACCACUGCGCAAAUCAGCGGCUGCCAUGGAAAUAACUGCUCCACACUGUGGGGGCCCAAAAAACGCUCCCACUUUCUGCACAGCCCCCUCAGACUGGCACCUUCGCUUCCAGACGCUCCCUAGGCUCCCGUCCAUUUGAUCAUUUUCAGUCAUUUAUCACACACGGGCGCCAGAUUGAUCUAAUAGCAAGGAACCCGUUUAUUGAGCACUUACGUGCUAAGCACUUUAGACAGAUCACUUCAUUUAAUCCUUGCAACAACCCUCUGAGCUAGAUAGCAUUACUCACAUUCAGGACUGGCUACAUAAUUCGUGGGGCCCAGUGCAAGAUGGACGUGUGGGGGCCCCUUGUUAAAAACUGGGUUAAGAAUUUAAAAACGGGGGCAGCAGAGCAUUAAACCAAGUGCAAAGCCCAUUUUAUAGGUGAGGAAACUGAGGCUCAGGGAGGUGAAAGCUAGCCUGGGGGAGGGACUGGGAUUCAGCGUCGGUUUGGCUUCACUGGCCUGCAGGUCUCGGCCUCACAGCAGGUUUCAUUCGCAAAUGUUGCCUGACUGCUGAGAACAAAAUGCUGAGCUUGCCUGCGGAGGAACAGAGAAUUGCUAGGCCCACAGCCUCCAGCAGCUCAGAACUCAGCAGGGCGGGCAAGCCAGGCCCAGGAGCCCCCAGGCCCCUUGGUUCUACUGCGUCACCUGGAAUCUGGCUCUGCCCUCCUCUCCUUUCUCAGGGCUGGCAAUACACUCAACCUUAGCCAUGCAGAGGGAGCCCGAAGGCUUAUGUGGGGUCUGAGGAACCAAGGGAGAGGAGGAGGGCCUGAUUCUUCAUCCAGGUGGGGCACCAUUGUCCCCCUCCCUCCUUUUCUCCUCAAUGCUCUCAGGUCACUUGAGUGUGUCCUCAGUGCUCAAGGGGCUGGCCCUGCUGCCAGCUGCACCCACUUCGAGGUGCUAGGGGAAAAUGGCCUUCCAUAGGCCGGAAACACCAAAGCUGGGGGAGACUCGCAAUGCUGGUCCCCUUCCUAAGGCUGGGGUGGGGCAAGAGGAUGUUUUGUUAUUUUGGAGGGAGUCCUACCGUGGCCGUUGAAGGCAGGAUGGACAAGAGCACCUACUUAGGAGUCAGACCGACUGAGUUCAAAACUCUGCUCCAAGAUUUGCACAUAAUAAUAAUAAUGAUGAUGAUCACUCAGUAAUAAGUGGUUAUGCUCCCUGGCCUUGAGUAAAUUACUUAACCUCUCUAUGA